GCUUUGACUUCGACGAUGUCCUGGAUGCACUGGAAGCCCAAUGUCGCAGAUGCGAUGCUCUGGUAUGACACCGCCAGAAAAUGGUUCGCUGUCGUGCCAGCCCUCACCACGCCGACCACAUUCUUCAUCAACGCGCCCUUCGGCCGGUUCUCUCCAAAGGGAGAUAGCAUAUUCCUCGUAGAUGGCAUCAAAUCCUGGAUCCUGAUGGAACUUGUCUCCCCUGCCUUCUUCAUCUACACAUACCUAGCUUCCCCGCUCACCCACACGACCCACAUUCCGUCUCCCUCCGACCCCACCACGCCCUUCGUUGCUCUCUUUCUCACGCACUACCUUAAUCGCGCCGUACUCUCGCCCCUGCGCACGCCCACACGCUCGAAAUCUCACAUCAUGGUGCCCCUCGCCGCCGUCGCCUUCAAUACCAUCAAUGGCUCCCUCCUAGGCACGUACCUUUCAUCCCCGGCCGCCACCGCUUUCCUCGUUUCUUCCCAGGUGCCAUGGAAGUUCUACGCUGGGCUCGCGCUCUGGCUGGCGGGGUUCGCGGGCAACAUCCUGCACGACGAGAUUCUGCUCAAUAUACGGCGCAAGUCCAUCCGCGACGCAAAGAAGGCCGAGGCGCAGGGAAAGGAGAAGCCCAAGAACCACUACGCGAUCCCUCACGGCUACCUGUACUCGCUCAUAUCUUACCCGAACUACUUCUGCGAGUGGGUCGAGUGGUUCGGCUUCGCGCUCGCGUGCGCGCCGAUGCCCUCGUUCGCGUCGGGCGCUGAGUUCCUGAGGACUGUGAGUCCGCCGUGGCUGUUCUUCAUGGCGGAGGUGUGCACGAUGCUGCCGAGGGCGUAUAAGGGGCACCAGUGGUACCACGAGAAGUUCCCGGACUAUCCCAAAGACAGGAAGGCGGUCGUGCCAUUCAUCUUAUAGAUGCAUAACGUUGACAUUUGCACGCAUAUACUUGGCAUAUACCCGCAGAUUAUCGGAUAUUGCCUGCAGUAGUUGAAGAUAACGAACGCAUGCGCCCGGGCGUUGACAGCCUUGCGUUUGUAAAGUAUUUCAUCGUCUUGUAUUUCUCUUGUGACCCCGGUCUGCCCGUGCGUCAUCAAUCGAAUUCAAUACAUAUCAUGUUGCGAC